CUGGGGUGACUCAUCUGUCAGAUUUUAUCAAGGUCAGAUUUGUCAAUUUUCAUUAAAAUCCAAAACAAGGCGAAGUGAAUUGUGUUGUGACCUCUUUGUUUUUGUUACUAAUUAUAGUUGCGUCGUUUAUUGUUAAAAAUCGCCAGUAAUCAACAAUUUCUGACCAUUUUGAAUCUCGUGUAAUAAGAUAUAAAAAAUUGUGGAAAAAACAGUGAAAUUGAACCCUAAAAUGGACAAUCCUGUCGAAUCGUAGUCUUAUGAGUCACAUUAUUCUUGGCACGAUUGCCGCGUUAAAGCUUUCCAUUUGGUGUAAACAACAAUAUGCUUUUCAAAAAUAGUAAUAAAUGCUUGUCUCCAAGCCCCAAUCUGAUUUUCGACGAGGCUUGCAUCGAUAUUACUAAUCUUUUGAACGACACCGCUUCGGUUUGGGGGCAAUAUUCGGAGUGCCAUAACUGUGAUUUCCAAAAUUUAACUACGCUAGAGCCCCAUAAAAAUACUUCGAUACUUGUAAAUACACGAUAUCCUCUAGAGCUGUUCUUUGUUGCUGAUGCCAAAAAACAAUGCAGUGUAAAAAAGUUAUUGUAUGAGCAUUAUCGCUAUGGGUGGAAUAUUACAGAAAAGUGUUCGAAUUUGUAUAUAAAGGAACCUGCAGAUAGCGCUUACUUGCCAAUUCUUACGGCUUUUAUAGUGCUUUGUUCUUUUGGUACUUUCUGGUACAUGGUCAAAUGUAUUUACAAAAAUUCCGGUCGAUUAAGAGGACUUGUUUCAUGGAAUGCAGAAAUAGAAAGCGAUUUGGGUGGAUCCUCAGCGGGGACUCCCCUAGUCAUCGAGAGAACACCAUCUAUCCGAAAACACCCACACCGGAUAAAGUCCAUCGAUGUAUUUCGCGGAUUUUGCAUAAUGGUCAUGAUUUUCGUAAAUUACGGAGGAGGGAAAUACUGGUUUUUCACCCAUUCUGUAUGGAAUGGCAUAACAGUCGCUGAUUUGGUAUUUCCCUGGUUUUUGUGGUUGAUGGGUGUCUCGUUUGCUGUUUCCUUGCAAGCGAAAUUACGGCGAGCGGUGCCUCGACGUCAACUUGUUAUAGGUGUGAUGCGACGUUCUUUCAUCUUGAUUCUAUUGGGAAUUAUUAUAAAUUCAAACCAAAAUUUGCAAACUAUCGGCUCGUUGCGAUUUCCUGGAGUUUUGCAAAGAUUUGGAGUCACUUAUUUUAUUGUCGGAUUAUUGGAAAUCAUUUUUACAAAACGGACAGAAGUUGAGAGUGUCUCCUGUAUUUAUGACGUUGCGGUUGCAUGGCCCCAAUGGCUUUUUGUCACAAUUCUUGUGAUAAUACAUACUUGUAUCACCUUUUUGGUACAUGUGCCAGGGUGUGGUAAGGGUUAUUUGGGUCCUGGGGGCCUCGACGAUCAUGGCAAAUUUUACAAUUGUACGGGAGGUGUUGCUGGAUAUAUUGAUAGACAAGUGUUUGGUGAACAUAUGUACAAAAAUCCAGCGUGUAAAAAAUUGUAUGAAAUUGAUGUUUACUUCGACCCUGAAGGAAUACUCGGAACGCUAACUUCCGUCUUGACUGUUUAUUUUGGGGUUCAAGCAGGACGGACACUUAAUACCUACCAAAAUGUGAAAGCGAAAGUGAUUCGUUGGGUUAUUUGGGGCUCGAUUGUGGGUCUGAUUGGUGGAACGCUUUGCGAGUUCAAGCAAAACGACGGCUUGAUUCCUUUGAACAAGCAGUUGUGGUCGUUGUCCUUCACGUUGGUUUUGUCUGGAAUGGCCUUUUUUAUUCAAGCCUUUUUGUUUGUUCUUGUUGAUAUUCUAAGGAAGUGGGGAGGAAGACCGUUCUUUUAUCCAGGAAUGAAUUCCUUAUUUUUAUACGUGGGACAUGAAUUAUUUAGGGAUACUUUUCCAUUUGCUUGGACUCCUACGAGUGAAACACAUGGAGCUUAUUUGUUAAUGAAUCUUUGGGGAACUGCUGUGUGGGUUGCCAUUUCUAUUUUCUUAUAUAAACGUAACGUAUUUUUUGCACUUUAAAUCGAGUUUUUACUACUGAUAUUUGUAACAUUUAAACUUGAUCAAUGAUUAUUAUCGUAGACUGAUUUAUUGAAAUUUCCUAAAUUAAUAGUGAGUGAAUUUUUAUUUUAAUAAUACACAUAAGGUUUUUUCGUUUUUAUUGAUUAUAGAGUUUGUGAUUCAUGAGAAUAUAGUUUAUUUAAAGUA